GCAAGGGCGAUAUGCUCGUUGAGUGCAGCGUGGACGAGGCUGCUGCCACCGCCGCGUUACUGACGCCUUUCGACCAGUGCCACGCUUGGAUCCGCGCGGAGAAGCCGCUGCAAAAGCCCAAACAGGGAUGGGCGUGGGUGGACAGCCCGGAGCGAUGGGUGGCGCGGGACGCCGACACGGCGGGAAAGUAGUGAGCUCAGCUGUGGGCCGACUGCACGCUAAAGGCUACACGCUCGCACACCACUUGCAGGGUGGCUCUCCCAGGCGCCCACCCCACCCGGAGGCACGCCAGGCCCCGGGCAGCCGGCCGUCACUCGCCUAAGCGCCUAAGCGGCCUAAGCGGGGGGUGCUUAGGGUGCUUAGGCGCUUAGGCGGCCCUUGCGAGCGUGGCGGCGUCGUAAUACAAGUGACUCCGAUGGCAAUCAUGAUGCCCCUGCUAUAGUGUGUC